AGAUUUGAGUUCGACUUUGACAGCGACUCGAGUGAUGAAGCCCAUUGCAGUGGCUACGCCUUCAAUGAGGAAGAGGCCGCCGAGGAAUGGGACUACUUCGCCGAACGCCAGGCACGUUAUUGUAUGACGGAAGAAAGUGAUUCCGAAGAGGAAUCACGGCCUAGUAAACCUCUUGACGUUCGCUGUAAAGAUCUGCCUCCGAACUUCCGGCCGCAGAGUAGCAUUGAUUUUCUUCAAAGUACUGUGGCGAAAAACUUGACAUCGGAUUUGAGACACUACAUUCACACACUACGGCGGAUACAACAGUACAUGAUUCCUUUAGUCCUCAAUGUGAACAAGCUGGUGGAGCUGAAGGAGAUU